CUUUAGAAACAUUCAAAAUGGCUGCUUCUUUAGGAUUGCGAGUGGCUGGUCGACUAGCAACAGCCAGUAGGAGCAUAAUUCCAAGGUACUACGCUUCCGGUCGGCCAGGGGAUAAUUUGACAACAGCAGCAAAACCCCGUCAACAAGAUGAAGAUCAGUCACAUCAAGUGCAGACCAUUACUGUCAGUGAGAAGGUUGACAUCACACCUCUCACUGGCGUCCCGGAGGAGCACAUCACCACGCGACGAGUGCGCAUCUUUGUACCUGCAAGGAAUGCUAUGCAGUCCGGAUCCUAUGGCACUCGCAGGUGGAGGAUUGAGUUUGAUCAGAGGGAGAGAUGGGAAAACCCACUCAUGGGAUGGGUGUCAACAGCGGACCCACUCUCAACAAUGAAUGUAGAAUUCAGUUCAAAGGAAGAAGCCAUGUCCUUCUGUGAGAAGAAUGGGUGGGAAUAUUUCACUGAAGAAGAACACUUACCCACCUUCAAGAGAAAAUCCUACGGUGCCAACUUCUCUUGGAACAAGAAGACACGGGUGUCUACCAAAUAAUGAAUCUGUCAGAUUGUGAAACUUGAGGGCAACCUCAUUUCAUUUCUUGGCAGUUAUGUUAUUACUAGCUUUGGUAUGUUUGUGACUGAUAGCGAGGAACCAGCUCCUGUGUAAACAGCAAUCAGCAAACCUGGUUGAUUGUCAAAUCAAGACCUUCAAAUGACAAGCAUUGCCUGUGUCACCACAUCUGAUGGUACCUUGUUGCAAGUGUAAAUAUGAAAGUCGAAUUAAAUAUUUAACUGAGGACUUUGUUGUCAUGUUCAGUAAAAUA